GGUAUUCUUUAGUACAAUGCUUUUCCGUUUCCGUCGAUUUGCAUGUUCAUAAUGCCACUUUUGUUAUGCAGGCGCCUUGCAUAAAACGUACAUUAACGAAGUCACAUUGAUGUUUAUUUUUUGAUCUUUGAAUCACAAGUUUCUCUUUCGACGGGUUACAACUUCCGCGGAUUGCCAAUUGAUAGUUAGGAAUAUAUACUUUGCCUUAGUUCAACCCGCCACAAUGACACUUAGUGUGGAUGACUUCCUUACAAAGAUUGGUGGUAUGGGUCGGUUCCAAUGGAUGCUGGUCUGUGUGGUGGGUAUCAUGAUGGUCCCUGUCACCUUUCAGCCCCUCAUCAUGGCGUUCCUUGGCUUAGAGCCCCCCUGGAGGUGUAUUCAAAACAGCACCGUUUGCAACUUCACUCACGAAUUCGAUAUGUCAAGCAAUGACCCGAACAAGAAUUUCAGAUGCGAUAUAAAAGACAGUGAAUGGGAGUUCACUAAACCAUACACAUCCAUCGUCACAGAGUGGCGCCUGGUGUGUUCCCGGUCCGCAUUAAGUUGGCUAACCACCUCGAUCCAGUUCUCAGGCUGGCUGUUUGGUAACGUGGUGUUCGGUGUCUUAUCUGACAAGUAUGGCCGACGGAAGGUUCUUUUCUUUUCAUGCAGUAUGGUUUGUUGGGUGGCAUUUGCCAGUUCGUUUGUUCCUUGGUAUUGGUUAUAUGCUGUCCUAAGGUUUCUGAUCGGCUUUGGUCUCGGUGGAGCAAUUGUGUGCCUCUUCAUUAUGGCUACUGAAUUCGUAGACCCCAAUCACCGCGCCAUGGCAGGCACCUUCGCUUGGUAUUUUUGGACUGGGGCCUUGAUGAUGGUAGCGCUGUUGGCUUACCUGAUAAGGGACUGGAGGAAACUUUCCAUUGCCACCUCGGCACCAGGCCUCGUGCUUUUCAUCUUUUGGAUAGUAGUUCCUGAAUCAGUGCGCUGGCUGACGACGCAUCAACGAGUCGGAGAGGCGGAGAACAUUCUUAAGCGAGUGGCAAAUACCAACAAAAAGCCCAUGCCCGAGGAGAACCUGGGUCUGCCUGACGAUCAGAAGACUACAGAGAAGGAGGCUGGGUUUAUGGAUUUGUUUGGAUCCCGUUCGAUGACAAAGAAAACUAUCAUUUCUUGGAUCUCUUGGUUUGUCAACGCACAAGUGUACUUUGGUGUUUCAUUAGGUUCCGUCAUGUUGGGCGGUAACAUUUAUCUUAAUUUUUUCCUUACUUCGCUGGUCGAACUUCCUGGAAAUGCUUUUGCCAUUUACGCCAUGAACAGAUUUGGUCGAAAGAAAGUAGUUGUGAUAGGUCUAAUUGUGGCAGCCAUAUCAAAUCUACUGGUAACUGUGAUUCCCUCUGAUCCUAAUAACACAGGAUAUGCAGCAGGACGUAUCAUCUUUGCCAUGAUUGGGAAGUUCUCUGUCAUGAAUUCCUUUGACGCCAUUUUUGUGUUCUCCUCAGAGUUGUUCCCGACUGUAGUGCGAAAUAUCGGCCUUGGUUCAUCUUCAGCUGCGGGCCGUUUGGGUUCGAUCACAUCACCAUUUGUGUUAAGUCUGAGAAAGCACAUGGUUCAGCUUCCUUACAUCAUCAUGGCGGUAGAUGCCUUUGUGGCAGGACUUUUGUGCCUUCUCCUUCCUGAGACUAAUAACACUCCGACAGCCGAGACACUAAAAGGUGCUGAAGCUUCCGACGCUAUCGAUCUAGGCCUGUUGGCAGCAAAAGGCGAAGACGAAGAGGAAGACCCUGAGAAAAUGACUGUAAUGUAGGGAGAUCUACAGCUAAGGAGGGGAGGGUGAAUACCUUAGGUUUACUCUGGUCAGCGAUUUAAAUUAUUACCUGAUUCAAAGUACCUUGUAGUUUCUUAGACGGGAAAUUCUACUUAGACUUACUACCUGUUUAUAAGAGGAUCAGUAGGAAACAGCAGUGCUUUUAAUCUAAGGCAGGCUUUCUAUAUUACAGAAGUAGUUUUCGAGUAGACAUUCUCGGUGUGGCGCGCAUAUAGUGGAAUAAAUUUUUGAAGAGUUUUUAGACUUGUUGUCAGUGGUAAAUACAGGCGAGCCGUUGGGAAAUUCGAUCGUAUUUUAAAAGCUACUGUAACAAAAAGUCGGCGUUUGAUCGGAUCUACUUACAUAUGAUUGUCUUCUUCUUUUAAAUUUGGUGUGUUAGGCCAUCGAUGGUCGUUUCUAUGGAGUGCAAUUUGCAGGUUUUUUGGUAAAUCUAUUCUAAUAACAAAAAUUAAUUACCUGUAAAAUAAUAGACUUCGAGCAGUCCCGCCUUUUCGGCGAAGCCGUUUCGCGUGCAUGUGCCAAAAAACUCGGCAGACAAGGAAAAUAAUGUUAACGCGCUGCGUGGAACUCUGGGAGAGAGGUGCACGAAAAGUACUGUCAGAGUUCCGUGCUACACGGAAAUGUCAAUUUGCUGAUGGUUUUUUUUACUCGCGCACCGGACCUCGCCAAAAAAGGAGGGACUGCUCGAGUCUAGUUAAUUAACAUCAAACGAUUAUAGGAGGCAUUAAAAAUGUGCAGUUACAGCCGGAUUUAUUUAUAUUUUAGCUAAUGCCACUGACUAAAUAUAAUCCUAACCUUAGAGGCAAGUACGCGUUUUGACCAGGAGCGAGUUAUAUAGAAUGGUACUCGUGAGCAAGAAGUCACGCGACAGAUCGCUCGUGUGGAUACUAAAGCAUAUUUUUAUUAGUAUUGUUGCUAUUUUUGUUACAAAAGUAAAUGUAUUAUACCAGGCAUAUCUGGGGGGGGCUAUGAUAUGAGGAUUGCUAGAGAACCUCUAAAUGUCGAACGUUGUCGAAACGUCGGUGGCUGUCAUCGCGUCCAAGGCAACCAGUCCUUUCCAGGAUUGAUCAGAUCUCAUUAUAACCUUUUUUUGCAUUUGUUAUUAUGAAUUGUAACAACGAAUCCUAAUCAUUAGGUUUUGCGAAGGGAAAUGACUGCCAGACGUAAAAACUGAGAAAAUACAAUUUUUGUUUUCAAGUUUGAAUUAAAGACAAAUCUGCUUAUUUCAGAGCUCAGUCAAGAGAUGAAUUAGUCACCAAAGAGAAAUAAAAAGUUAUUCAGAAUAAUGUCCUUAGUAAUACAAAUGUACAAAAAAAAAACGGUUUUAGUCCAAAGUAGGAUGUCUUCUUACCAUAAACUUGGAACAUAACCUCAUUACUUUUCACUUGUUUCGGCUCAGAGAAGUAAGGGAAUUCGUGUACAUUAGAAUUUAUAGCAAGACAGUAUGGACAUGGACGACUUUCAUUUUAAGGAACAGCGUUGCAAGACUGACGCACAUGCAGCAAGUCGUUAUUAUCUUGGAAAAAAAUAUUGUUUUGAAGAGAAAGUUCUUUUGUCUUGUUCGUAGAGUGAAGUUCUUGGAAGGUGACUAAGAACAAUUUUCAAGAACGAUUUGUAAGAGUCAGUCAAUUCAUUAAAGUGACUCCACAGAA